GCGGAACCCGCUGGCACUGGGGAAAGCUUCCAACACACAAUCCACAACACAGCUUGGGAACUCAAAAGCUACAGAUCUAGCCACUCAACCCCAAGCAUUUCAGAACCGUGUGCAUUCUCACAGCACAAGCAAGGAAAGGGGGAAAAGAGCUAGUGCGGAGUACUGAAAGACAGAAUUUAAAAGUGCAACUACCUGCUGGAAAAGCAGCUCUUUUUCUUCGCCAAAGCACUGCCUUUGAUGAGGUAAAAGCAUUUAAUACAGAAGCUCUGGCAGUGUGAAAUUAAGCUGAAGAAAGUCUGGCACUGGAAAACUUCAUCAGAUAACAGGGAGAAAGGUUUAAUUGUAAGAAAUGGAUGCCAAAGGAUUACAAGGAGAUGAUAAACUGAAGAUGCUCAUAAUUUUACUAGCAUAUUUGCUAAGUAGGGUAAUUUGUGAGACUGGAGACUGCAGAGAACAAGAAUUUAGGGAUCAGACUGGAAACUGUAUCCUCUGCAAACAGUGUGGGCCUGGAAUGGAACUCUCAAAGGAAUGCGGCUUUGGAUAUGGGGAGGAUGCACAGUGCAUGACAUGCAGGCCAAACAGAUUCAAGGAAGACUGGGGCUUUCAGAAGUGCAAGCCUUGUCUGGACUGUGCAUUAGUUAACCGGUUUCAGAAGGCCAACUGUUCUGCCACCAGCAAUGCACUAUGUGGAGACUGUUUACCAGGAUUUUAUAGGAAGACUAAGCUUGGAGGGUUUCAAGACAUGGAAUGUGUUCCUUGUGGUGAUCCUCCUCCUCCCUAUGAGCCUCACUGUACCACCAAGGUAAAUCUUGUGAAGAUCCCUUCAACUGCUUCCAGCCCUCGAGACACUGCUCUGGCAGCUGUUAUAUGCAGUGCACUUGCAACAGUGCUCUUAGCUCUCCUCAUUCUUUGCGUUAUCUAUUGUAAGAGGCAGUUUAUGGAGAAGAAACCAAGCUGGUCUCUGAGAUCACAAGACAUUCACUACAAUGGCUCUGAAUUAUCAUGUUUUGAUAGACCACGGCUAAAUGAGUAUGACCACAGAACAUGUUGCCAGUGCCAAAGAAGCACAUCACAGACAUGUGGACCAGUUCACUUGAUUCCAUCACUAUGUUGUGAUGAAACCUGUAGCAUGGGUCACAGCUGUGCUUUCCACUCUCAGACCACACUUAAUGAAAGAGCUUCUGAUUCUGUUGGAGAAAUGAUUCCUGCUUUCCUUGGUUCUCUUUCACACUCUGCCUGUGGAGACAUUCCAGAUGCUUGGCCUCUUAUGCAAAACUCAGCUUGUUGUGACAGCAUUUCUAUCUGUGAAUCAUAUUCAGAACUGGCUGGAGAAUCUGCAAAAUCCUGCAGCCCUGAGACUGAAAAUGCAGCCAGUGUUGAGCUGGAUAAUAACCAGGAAAUAAGUGAAGUACUUAUUUCAGCUAAGUCUCUUGAUGGAAACGUUGCAAAGUCCUUUGAAAUCUCCAAACACAGAACAUGCAGAGAAGUUUCAUCACUUCAGAACUUGGUGACUGCUGAAACCCAGCCAAAGACAAAGUGUAAUGGAACAACAAAUGACUCUACAGACUGAUAAAGAGGAACCCAAGGUUUUUCUCUCAGAACUAAAGCUGAAUCCUUCCCUUAUGCUCCUCUGCUGAUUCUCAUCAAACAUAGUCUGGUCUUCAGUGUUGCAUGCUUUCAAAACCAGCUGGAAAAAAAUGGCAUCACUUCACACCUUCUGAGCAGUUGUAUUGGAGCUGUAAAGUGAAACUUCAAAGAGCAUCCUAGGAGAACCCUCAAAGUGGAUUUAUGACCUUUUACAUCUCUUCUUUUCCCUCAGAUUCUCAAAAUAUCUAGUAAAGCGAUCUUUGUAGUGUAUGUAAAUACAGCAAAAAAUAGAAAUACUUGAGUGUGAUUAGGUGGGUCUCUUAAAUAUGACUACAGAUGUCAGAAGUCGUGGGACAAGAUGUUGCCAGUUAUUCUGUUUGCAGAUUUAUACGUGCAUUAGAAUUCUUUUUUCUGCUGGUUCUAAUUUUAAAUAAUUUUCCUGCUAUUGAAACAUGUAAAAAAUAAACAUUUCUAUUUAUGCAAGGAUCACCUACUGAUAAACUGAAGCUUUUAUUAUAUAUUGCAUUAUAGUCAAUAAGCUAGUGGGGGGAAUUAAAGAAUUAGCAUGUUACAGUUUGUAUGGUUAAAGUCCCCUUCAUCCAAUUAUUACAUUUAUGGGAGGUGACGUUGUUCUGUUAAAUAUAGCAGGAGAUUAGCUUUAAAUUAGUUUUAGUUUAAUGAAGGUCAGAUGUAUAGAUAGGGAUAUUGUGUUUAAUUGGUAGUCAGUAUUGGAAUAUAGCACUUGUUGUUAUAGCAUUUAAUUUUGGAUGUUGAAAUAAGUGUAAUCAAGUCACAUCAAAAUUUCCAAUUAUAGCAGGUGUGCCAUGAAAGUAUUCAUACAGUGAGACUGUUACUAAGAUUUUUUAUUAAUGCAUUAUUUUUAAGGGUCAAGCUUCAUGGUUACCUAAUUCGUUCAUUUAGGAGUCCUUGUUUCAUUUAUGGCACUCUGUCCUUCUCGCUGUAGUAUUUGUCAAUUCAAAUUUUCAAAAUAUAAAACUUAAUUCAUAACUUUUUUUAAAAAAUUACCUCUAAAUUAAAUCGUCAAAGUUAUGUAUAUGCCUAGUAAAUUAUCAACUCUCUGCAGUCAGUGCUGUACUUUUAAGAUUUUUUUUAACAGUGCUUUGUCAUACUACAUCCCAUAAUAUCAUUUUUUUUUGCAGCCAUUUUUUUCCCUAAAAUGGUUUUUGCUUCUGUGGGUAAUCCCAGUAACCUCUACUAAUUCAUUACAUUCAACAGGCUCAAACUUGCCAGUGAUGAACUCUAGCAAUUAUUCCUUUCAAAUACCCGGUGUGCCUUGACAAAAGUAAAGCAAUCAGCAAAACAGAUGCAAAUUUGCAAUAAAUAUUACUCAUCUUUCCACACAUGGUUUGUGUGGCAACGGAGAUGUUGAGACAGUAUUCUUAAUCCAUUAUGGAGAAAGACUUUGGCUUUGAAGCACGCAGUAGAAGAAGGCUGGACCUGCACAGGAAUAGCUAAAGCCAGUACAGGCAGCCAGGGCUGGGAGAUGCUUCAGCUCUUCGCCAGUGCGAUUAUUCAUGUGUGCAAAAGUCACGAAUAACAGUUAUCAAGUGCAAACCAAAGUAAGUGAAGAAGUUAUGUGAUUUUUUUUGUUGUUGUUGUUUGUUUUUUUAAGUAGUGAAUACCAACCAUCAUUUGGUCACUGAUGGAAUAAUAUGCAGUUAUACAGUACAAUUACUCAGCUAAUUACUUUCAAGUAUAUAUUUAAAUACAAGUAGUUUUGAAUAAUUUCUUUGUAGACUUUCAUACAUUAAAGAAAUUACAAAACAUUAUUUCUCACUACAUGUGCAUGAAGAGAUGUGUGCUUCCUUGUAUAUACUUUGUAAAUAAAUAAAAAAAAUCCAACGUGCAUUUCACUAUAUGGCAAAAUAUUUUUAGAACAUACAGAGAUUUAACUUUUCACUAAUAACUGUUCUUUAAAAAGCUAUGUUCAAAAGUUUUGCCAGCAUCUGCCACAGUGUGUUUUCCCAUUGGAAUUUAAACUUUGUAUAAUUGUUUUUGUCCAGCAACUCUAGAGAAAGAUACUCAUUUUUUUUUUAAUGAGUGACAGAUAGCCUGAGAGCAAAUUGGGAGGAAGAAAUUAAGAGAGUGCUUUUUAAAUACAUGUGUAUAUUAUGUAUAUACUUUUUUCCUUAAUUUAACCAAAUUGGUCUUUUGUAUAUUGCCUGUGGCAAGCAAUGUUGUACAUGCCAAUAGAAAACAUACACUGUCACUGCAUUCAGACUGCCCACAUAUCAUGUCUAGGGACUUAAAGUGCUGUUUAAUACUCUUUUAACAAAUGUAAAUUAUAAUCCUGUAUAAACUGUUUUGUAAUACUUUUUCUACUUGUGAAUAAAAUGUUACAUGAACCAGUCUUGGUGUG